CCCUGGCUGACGUCAGCUGACCGCCUCGGCUCUCUCCGCUCCUCUGGACACGGCGCCGCGUAAAAAUGCUGCUCUCUGUGCCGCCAAGGGCAGGAAUCAACCCAUACAACGGCUACUCCGGCAAAAUCAUCAAGAAGCAGCCGUAUGUGUCCCCCUCCAACCAUCAGAUGGCUCUUUCAAGCCCCAACAACAACAACAACAUCAUCAGCAGCACCACCAGCCUCAGCAACGGCGGUGGCAGCGGCAGCAGCAGUGGCAGCAUCGGGGGAGAGCAACUGAGCAAGACGAACCUGUACAUCCGUGGCCUCCACCCAGGAACCACAGACCAGGAUCUGGUCAAACUCUGUCAGCCGUACGGGAAAAUCGUAUCCACUAAGGCCAUCCUGGACAAGACCACCAACAAGUGCAAAGGCUAUGGAUUUGUGGAUUUUGACAAUCCGGCCUCGGCUCAGAAGGCCGUGACUGCGCUGAAGGCCGGUGGAGUGCAGGCUCAGAUGGCCAAGCAACAGGAGCAGGACCCCACCAACCUGUACAUCUCCAACCUGCCUCUGUCCAUGGACGAGCAGGAGCUGGAGAGCAUGCUGAAGCCCUUCAGCCAGGCCAUUUCCACGCGCAUCCUCCGUGACGCCAACGGGACCAGCCGAGGAGUGGGCUUCGCCAGGAUGGAGUCAACAGAGAAAUGCGAGGCCAUCAUUCAACAUUUCAAUGGAAAAUACAUCAAAACUCCACCUGGAGUCCCAGUGCCGUCAGAACCCUUGCUGUGCAAAUUUGCUGACGGCGGUCAGAAGAAGCGUCAGAGUCAAGGGAAGUAUCUGCAGAACGGCCGGCUCUGGACUCGAGACGGGGAGACGGGAGGAAUGACCCUCACCUACGACCCCACCAGCGCCUUACAGAACGGGUUCUACUCCUCUCCGUACAGCAUGGCCCCCAACAGGAUGAUGGGACCAGCUUCCCUCUCCCCUUACAUGCAUUCACCCAUGUCCACCUACCAGGUACACAACCCGUCCUGGAUACACCACCAGUCGUACAUCAUGCCGCCCAACGGAGCCGUCCUGACUCCGGGGAUGGACCACACCAUGUCCAUCCAGCCCACCUCGAUGAUGGGGCCCCUGGCACAGCAGCUCAGCCACCUCUCCAUGGGCAGCAGCGGCACAUAUAUGCCUGCAAACACAUCUAUGCAGGGGACCUACAUCCCCCAGUACACCCAAGUGCCUGCCACCAGCAUCUCCGUUGAGGAAAGUGCUGUCCAACAACCUGUUGCCAUAGAGACACCCACGGAACACACAACCUACACCUACCAGCAUAACAAGUGAAGGGGGGGGGCAGAGAUCUUCCUCUGGAGCCGGAGCGACUCUCCAAAGGGCCCGAGUGCUGAAGCUCGGCACAGGGACUCUGCAUGAAAGGCACCAGGCGCUCGGGGGGGGAAUAUGGACUGUUACAAAGAAAGGACAAAAAAAUAAAAAAGGACAUUUUCUACAAACUCAUAGUUUUAAAACAAACUCUUUUACUCCAAACAUGGAAGGCUGGAGGCUGGCAGGCGAGCUGAGACAGAGGAACAGAAGAGGGAGCGUCUAUUUUGAUAACAGUCAAGGAAAAAACACAACAGACACACAUUUCAUAGGUUUUAAACUAGAGUGAAACCAGGAAAAGAACAUUUCAACACCAUUUUUCUUUUAUUUUGAGUCAUGCUGCGUUGACAUUUUUUUUUUAAAUGUGCUGAUUUUGCUUCUCGUUUGUUUUUAGUCUGAUACUUUCAGGCUUUAAAAACCUGCCUUUUUGUACAUAAUUGUUUGAUUUGUUGUGUUUCUAGCUUCACGUGUCCUGGUUUGAUCGAUUGGUGCAAAUAUCUGAAAACAGACGGCAAAAAGCUGAGGAAUCAUAUUUCAGUGGGAUAUGGUGCUGACUCGGAAUAAGCUUUUCUUCAAGUGGCAGCCAAGUUUAAUACUUUUGUUUCUUUCUGACAGAUUUUUUGCUUCCUUUUUGGCACUUGACUCUCAAAUAAUUUAAAGUUCCAACAAUCUCGACAAAGCUUCAGACAAUCAGAGGAGGACACAGACCAGUACAUUUAGAGAUGACCCUCAUUGUUGACAGAUUUCACAGAGUAGACUCCUUUCGAAAAAGAGAUGAAUAGAUUUAAAUCAUUCCAGAGAUAAAGAAAAGUCUAAAUGUUGUUUUGCUUUUGAGCUCCUCCGCUCGAUUAAAUCCAAAGUUGCUUCACUGGGAUCACAUCUCACUCAGAGCUGCCCUGUAAAUAAGAGAUUUGAAUUUAUGGAGGCUUUAUUUAGAUUUUCAUUCCUCUGUGUAGUAAAAAUGCUUCGGUUAUUUGAGUGACAACAAUUUACCAAAUUGAACAAAAGGAAUGGGUUUUCUCUUUUAUUAAAGGGGAAGGCCGAAUCUCCACCGAACCCCCAAAAAACAAAGUAGAAAUAAGUAGAAGUUGUUAUUAGAGUUUAAGUUUUUUAUUGCACAGACGUGGGAACAUCUUCAAUGAACACUUAACAGGUGGAUUAUUAUGGACAGUCGGGAUGCCGGUAAAAACAAAAAGUGGCCAUUGCUUUGUUUUUGCUUCUGCUUCUACUUUUCUGUUUCUGUCCCCCUCAUGUUCUUAUUUUGACAUUUCUUAUUUAAAGGUUUUCUUAAGAUUUUUUUUUUUUUUUUAAAUACUUUAAAGAUUUUCAAAGAAGCUUCGAUUUUAUUUUUGAUAGUGUGCUGUGUGCUUCAACUAGUGAGAAAUGUUUUGUGAUUUGUUUGUGUGUUUGCUCACUUCUCUCGUUCUGGUUUCAGUGUUGAUUUGAAAGAGGCUUAGAUUUUUGUUUUGUUUUUGCGAUGGGGGGGGGGGGGGGGGGGGGGGACAUUUCACUUUGUGUGUCACAGUUGUCGGCGCUUUUUAUGACCACGACUCCUCUCGAUGGUUGAAUUAUAUUAUAUGCUAUAGGUUCAGAUGCAUUGUUACAGAGCUUUGCCCCAAGCCGUUGGGGAAACGACAGAACACGAAAUAUAUGCUCAAAAAAAGAAAGAGAGAAACCUCGACUUACCUCAUCCUGCCAGAGAGAUGUACAGUAGAUUCAGUUUGUGCGCAAGGUUCACGGGCAAUAGACAACACUACAGCAGGUCUCAUGGCUGUUCACAGCUGGUACUGUGUCCACAUCCUUUAACUCUUCCGUCCAACGUCCGGAAUAAAACACACGCCCAAGGUCUGACGAUCUAUGCAAUUAAUUUAUUAUCCUUAUAAAUGCAAUACUACAGAUACCACACUACGGAUCACCUCAUGCUAAUACUUCAGUCUGGCUUACGUGGACCUUUUCUUUCAUUGUCCAUUCUAUCAUGUUCACAGUGACACAUUAAUCGUUGGUUCAUUCAUUGUUAGUGAGAUGCUGCAUUAAAAGGGAACUGUUACAAACCAAAAUGAGGUUAAUACGACUGCAGGAGAUGGAGGAAUAACAUAAAAAAAAACUGAAAAGAAAACCAUUGGCUCGUUCGAUGUAAUUCAACAUUUCAUCCAAUUCACAGUUAGUUGUUUUUUUGUGCGAUGGAAACUGUUUUAGUUCUUUUAAACCAUGAAACUGUUUAUUUACAGGAGACAAUUUAACUUCACAGAAAUGCCUUAGAUUUCACCGGAAGGGAUCGUGAAGUGCGACUCACAUUCGACGGGCUUUACCUCCGACUGGAAUAUGUCGGGGGAGGGGGGUUAUCCUCAUGCACUGCUGUUAGAAAAAUACUUUUGCUAAAGCAGAACUGCUCUGAACACAGAUCUAUGAAGCAAAGAGAUAUUUACAACUUCCUUCAUUCUGUGUUACUUUCUCAUUCCUUUAUUGUUCAUCCAAGACAUGGAAUAAAGUGAGCGGUGGUGUACCGAGUCGAACUGUUGCUGCUAUGUGUUUAGAGAACUUUGGGCUGAAGGUCAUUCAUUAUAUCAAGUCACACAUGGGACCAGUUUGUAACCCAUGUUCAGCGACUUCUCUGUUCAUCAAUCUCCUCAGUAAAUAUCGGUGCCGUGACACAGGCCCCGUCUCCUCCACAGAUAGGAAACCCUUCAGCUAUUAAAACAUUUAACUUGGUUUGAUUUUGAACUUGUCUUUUUCUUUUUUAAAUAAAGCUUUUUCACUGUG